UAGCAAACCAGCUGCAAAGAUAAAGUCAUUUGUGGCAAUGUAUAAUCAUUAGCUAUAGAUAGUGUACCUGGACUUUUAACCUAUAUGAAGAGCAAUAAAUAUUUUGACAAUAAAACAAGUUCGUAAUUACAUUUUACUAUUUAUUUCCAAGGGUGUGUCUAAACAUGUGACGUUUCGAACCCUAUAUAUUCUUGGCACAUUGUGCAUAUGUUUCAGUGCACAGUGGAAUAUCCUGACUCAACUGAGAAAGAACAGAUCAUGGAGGUCACAUCUCAACCUGCUGCAUUUGAACCCCGAGACUUUCACACAGGCUUGAUGAGCUGCUGUGAUGACAUGGGUGUAUGCUGUUGUGGCUUCUUCUGUCUCGCUUGUUUGGGCUGUUCCAUUGCUAGUGACAUGAAUGAGUGCUGCUGCUGCGGUUUAGGCAUGCCGAUCCGAAGUGUUUACAGAACUAAAUACAACAUACCAGGAUCUAUGUGUAAUGACUGGAUGGUUGCAUACUGCUGCUUGGGUUGUGCAGCCUGCCAGAUGAAGAGAGACAUCAACAUAAGGAAGAGUAAUGGAACACUGAAACCAUGAGAAGUGAUAUAUCUACACUAGAGCAAGUCCUUACCUAUUGUUCUCAGAAAUUAAAUAUUAAAGAAAGUUGCGGUUAAUAAUUUGAAAUGUAUAAAAAUGUCUUUGCUAUCAGAAGUUUAAUUAG